AUGUUUCGCGGAAGUUUUCAAAGGACGCAGGCGAGACACACCAACUUCGAAACCUGGAUCUUUUCGUUCAAUAAGCCUACACCUUUCCACGCUUUUUCUACGCUUGAACCCAUCUCCAACAUCAUAACCAUGAGUGCUAUCACCCUCACCAGCUCCGAUGGAGUCGAUCUUUCCGUUGAACGCACCACUGCUGAGCGCUCCGUGCUGAUCAAGAACAUGCUUGAGGAUCUCGGCGACUCUGGAGAAGCCAUUCCCAUUCCUAACGUUAACGAGGCCGUCCUCAAGAAGGUCAUCGAGUGGUGCGAGCACCACAAGAACGACCCUCCUAGUGCUAGCGACGAUGACGACAACCGUCGCAAGACCACUGACAUCGAUGAGUGGGACCAGAAGUUCAUGCAGGUGGAUCAGGAGAUGCUCUUCGAGAUUAUCCUUGCCGCCAACUACUUGGAUAUCAAGGCCCUCCUUGACGUCGGCUGCAAAACCGUCGCCAACAUGAUCAAGGGCAAAUCCCCAGAGGAGAUCCGCAAGACCUUCAACAUCCAGAACGACUUUACUCCUGAGGAGGAGGAUCAGAUCCGCCGCGAGAACGAAUGGGCUGAGGAUCGUUAA